AUGAACGAGUCGCUGGACAUUGAAAACGCAAAGGCGAAGCUGAAGCUGGUGUUCUCCUUCUGGGAGAGUUCGGAAAAUAAAAGUUUUUCACAGAGUAACGCAUUCUGUGUCCUCUCGGGAAAGUCGAGCAAGGAAGAAAAUGCCACGACGCAGGAGCAGUUCCAGAUGUGGCUGAUGGGCUACCAACUGACGGAAACAUUUUUUCUCUUCCUGAAUAAGGAAAAGCUAAUCAUCCUAACGAGUGAUAAGAAGAAAAAGUUCCUGCAGCCGCUGUUGGACAGCGUGGAAAACGUACAAGUGAUGGAAAGAAGCAAUGACAAUACGGAAAAUUUUACUAAAAUUAGAGAAAUGAUAAAGGAUGCAGGGACGGAGGAGAUAGCCAUUCUGAAGGAUAAAGAUGCCACGGGAAAUUUCUUCGAAAGUUGUUACAGUUUUGUAAAAAGUUUAGAAAUUCCGCAGAUAGAUGUGAAUAGCGAAUUGAAGUUUCUGCUAAACUUUCGAUCCGAAUCGGAUAUGAAAAUACAGAAAAGUGGAAGUGACAUUGCCUGUAUCAUUUUAAAAAAUAUUUUAAUAACGACAAUUGAGAAUGCUCUAGACAGUGAGGAGUACCAAAGUCAUGAUAAGAUAAAGGAUAAAGCGUUAAAAUUUCAUGAAAAUAAAAAAUGCGUUUUAAAAUUGAAGGAAAAGCUAAAGGUAGAUAUAGACGAUAUAGAUGUCAUUUACAGCAAUGUUCAGAGUGGAAAUCAGUUCACCUUAAAUUACAAAAAUAGCAGCAAUAAAAAUUACCUCUCCCAGAAUGAGGGUACAAUACUGGUAGGUGUUGGAGUCAAAUAUAAGGAACUCUGUUCAAACGUGAAUAGGACACUUUUGCUAAACGCAAAAACGCAACAUAAGGAGUUGUACAGUUUUACCCUGGCCAUCGAAAAGUACGUCAUUAAGGAAUGCCUUCAGGUAAAUAGCACCUACUCAGAUGUGUAUAAAAAGGCCCUUAGUUUUAUAAAAAGGAAUAAGAAGGAUUACUCCACUUUGAGUCAGAUCGAUGUAGAGGACUACUUUGUCAAAUGCAUUGGUCACGUCAUAGGAAUUGAAUUUAUGGAAAAGGAUUUUCUCAUCACGGAAAGUAACAACAAUGGGAUGAUACAGAAAAAUACUUCCUACAAUUUAUCCGUCGGUUUUGAAAACGUACCCGCGGGUGACAAAAAUAAUUUUGCCAUAUGGAUCAGCGACACGGUGUGCAUAAAUGACGAAGGAGAAGUGAAUAUCCUCACCGAUUCCAUCAGCAAAGAAAUCAACACCAUUUCGUAUGAACUGGAGGACAGCAAAAGUGAAGACGAAGUGGAAAAUAACGUGAAGAGUGAAAAGAAGGAACAAAAUGGAGAAUAUAAUAAAAAGAAAACGGGAAUUUCCGCUAGCAUUCUUAACAACGCAGCUAGUGUCAUCGUUUCGGACCGACUCAGGAGGAGGAACAAAAAUUCACUAGCCCACAAUAAUGAGCAAGAAAUGGAAGAGCUGAAUAAAAGACAAAAUGAACUGAAGGAAAAAAAAAUGAACGAAAUUAAGGUUCGCUUCUCCAAGGGAACAGGCGAUUAUACAGAUCCAAAUAAAAAAAAUGUUAAAAAGUUGGAAGAUGUAAAAGCGUAUAACGAUGUGGAUCUCUUUCCGAGAGAUUUACGACCAAACAUAAUUUCUGUAGAUAACAAACAUGAGUGCAUUUUACUCCCUAUAAAUGGGGCCCACGUCCCAUUCCACGUUUCCACUGUCAAGAAUCUCAGCUCCAAUUAUGAGGACAACAAUGAUAUAUACGUUCUGCGUAUUAAUUUUCAAGUGCCUGGCGGACAAGGAGUCCUAAAAGCAGACGUCAGUACCUUCCCCACGCUGCAGGAAAAAGAAAUAUACAUAAAAGAGCUAAUAUUUAAAUCAAAUGAUGAGAGGCAUUUCCAAAACAUUGUGAAGCAGGUGAAGGAACUCAUUAAACACGUCAGGCAGAAGGAGGUGGAAGCCGAUGUUAAUGACACGCAACACACUCAGGAAAAACUUGUUCUGAACAAAAGUGGAAGAAGAAUUAUUCUGAGAGACCUUAUGACUAGGCCAAAUAUAUUCACAGGAAGGAAAAUCCUUGGAACGUUGGAACUGCAUACCAAUGGGCUUAGAUACUCAGCCAAUUCUAGAGGUACCACGGAAUAUAUUGACAUCCUCUUCGACGACAUAAAGUACGCGUUCUAUCAACCCUCCGAUGGGCAGCUAAUCAUUUUAAUUCACUUCCACCUGAAGAGGUACAUAAUGGUGGGAAAGAAAAAGACGCUGGACGUGCAGUUCUACUGCGAAGCGGGAACACAAAUCGAUGACCUCGACCGAGCCAAAGCAAGGAACGUCUACGAUCCCGACGAAAUGCAUGACGAAAUGAAAGAAAGAGAACAAAAAAAUAGACUAAAUCUGAUAUUUAAAAAUUUUGUACAACAGAUGCAAGAUACGUCAAAAAUAGAGUUUGAAAUUCCCUACCCUGAAUUGACCUUCUCUGGAGUUCCAAACAAAAGCAACGUAGAAAUUUUUGUCACCGCAAAUACCAUUAACCAUCUGGUGGAGUGGCCUCCUUUUAUCCUCUCCGUUGAAGACAUCGAAAUUGCCUCCCUUGAAAGAAUCCACCAUGGGUUACGUAACUUCGAUAUGAUCUUCGUAUUUAAGGACUACACCAAACCGGUCAAGCGAAUUGACGUCAUCCCCACUGAAUACUUAGACACCAUUAAGAAGUGGCUGACCACCAUUGACAUCGUCUACUAUGAAGGAAAGAACAACCUCCAGUGGGGAAAUAUUCUGAAGACCAUUUUGGCCGACAUAGACUCGUUUGUCGAAUCCAAGGGUUUUGACGGAUUCCUUGGCGACGACGAGGAGGAGGAGGAACAGUCAGCAGAGGAUGAGGAUGAUGACGAUGAGUACGAGCUGGACGAGUCGGAGAUGAGCGCCGAGGAAGACAGCGAAUACGACGACAGCGAAGAUGAGAGCCUUGCCACGGAGAGCGACGGCGAGGGGGAAGUCGAGGAAGACUCCGAUGAUGAGGGACUCUCUUGGGACGAGCUCGAGGAGCGGGCCAAAAAAGAUGACAAAAAACGAUUCGCCUACAAAAGCGACGACGAAGAAGGAUACAACAAGAGGAAGAAGAAGAAAAAAAAUUAA